AACACACUUUCUUCCUCCGCACCAGCAACCACCGCACCACAAACGCCAACAUGUCCGACCGCGAAGGCUUCGGCGGCGACGACGAGCACACGCUGCCCAAGGCGACGGUGUACAAGCUGAUUUCUGAGAUGCUGCCAGAGGACCUCAGCUGCUCCAAGGACACGAAGGAGAUAAUUGUCGACUGCUGCGUUGAAUGGAUCAAGCUCAUCUCGGCCCAGAGCAACACGGUGUGCGAGGAGAGCUCGAAGAAGACUAUUUCGCCAGAGCAUGUGCUCGAGGCGCUCAAGCAACUCGGGUUCGAGGGCUUCCUCACAGAAGUCGACGAGAGCCACUCCGAGUUCAAGCAGAGCCAGAAGGACCGCCAGCGCAACCAGCCCGACACGAACGGCAUGACGCCCGAAGAGCUCCAGAGACUGCAGGAGCAGCUAUUCGCCAGCUCGCAGGCGCGUCUAGCUGCAACGGAGUAGGCGCAAGGCGCUGGGCGCUGGGCGCAGUGUUGUACGAUAGAUGCAGAUGCACAUGAUGAGAAGCGU